UUUAUUGAAACAAUUAAAAAAUUUUUAUCGAAUUUUAACUUGUUCUGUGGUGUGUGCAAAAAGUAAAUAGUUUGAUAAUGGCAUUUAGUGUGUACAAUGACACGAAUGAACUUAAUUCUCAACUGUCAACUGAAGAAAAUAAUAUGACAGUUGAUGAAAACACUACUGUAGCACCAGUAAUUAUAGAAGAACUGGAUGAAAAUGCUUUAAAUAAUAUGAAUGUGGAUAUGACAGAAUUUGUUGAAACAAAAGCUUUAAAGAUUCAAGAUAUACCUCAGAAUGUUAUAUCAGAUGUUUCUGAACAAAGUAGUUCUGCUAUGGAUAUUACUACAGAUUUAGAAGAUCAGGAUAUGUUAUUAACAGCAGAUGAAGAAGAGCAAUUAACAAAACAGUUUCUAAAUGGAGAAUUAACAUUCUCUGAGUAUUCUUCAAGAAUGGAUCAAAGUGUAGGCUUAGAAACUACAGAAGUUGAUUCUCAUAGAAGUAACUAUGAAAAUGAAGAAAUAGAAACAAGUAAAACUGUUCAUCAGAAAGCAUUAAAAUCACAAACUGGAGCACAAGUACGUUAUAAAAGGAAAAAAAGAACAUUACCUCCAGUUCUGCAAGGUCUUAUGGGUGAAGCAAAUUUAAGAUUUGCAAGGGGAGACACAGAACUAGCUGCUCAAAUAUGUAUGGAAAUAAUUAGACAAGUGCCAAGCGCUCCGGAACCAUUUCAUACACUGGCAAUGAUAUAUGAAACAGAUCAACCAGAGAAAUCAUUGCAGUGUGCCUUGAUAGCAGCACACCUUAGUCCAAAAGAUGCUGAUCAAUGGGUAAGAUUAGCUAAUAUGUCACUGGAAAGUGGAGAUAUAAAACAAGCUAUAACAUGCUAUAAUAAAGCAAUUCAAGCAAGUCCUAAAGAUGUACGUUUAUAUGAAACACGAGCUGAACUUUUAGAAAAAUAUGGGGAUAAGAGAUCUUAUUUAAAAGGAUUCUUGAAAUUGGUUCAUCAGUUGGAACCUGAGAAUGGUGAACAUAUAAUUAAAUAUGCUAAAAUGUUAGCUAAACGACACAUGGAAGAAAACAACAAUGAACAAGCAUUAGAAGCAAUGGAGAAUAUUUUUUUUAAGUGCCCCUCUUUUAUUACUUUAGAAGAAGUUAAUAUUAUGACUGAGAUAUUAAUAGCUCUAAAGAAGUUUAAAAGAUGUUUAAAUAUUUUGACUACAUAUACAAGUAUUUGGGUUAAAAAGAAAGAUGGAAAUGAGAAGAAUGAAGAAUCAGAAGAUCAGGAUAUAUGUGAAAUAGAAGCUUGCGGAGUACCGGACGAUGUUGUCGUCGACUUAAAAGCAAAAUUUUUAAUAACACUUAUUGAAUUGGAUCAGAUGAAACUAGCUGUAACACUAUUACCUAAGUUUUAUCUAUACGAACAUCCAGAAGUUUCUGGAGAUCUGUUUUUAGACAUAGCAGAAGCUUUAAUGGGAAAAAAGGAAUUCGAACGUGCCUUAAUGUUAUUAGAUCCUUUAGUGAAUAGUACCAAUUAUAGUUUAGCUGCAGUGUGGUUACGGCACGCCGAAUGUUGGGUUGGCUGUAAAGACUUAAAAAAAGCAAUAAAGUCUUAUGAAAAUGUCAGAAAACUAUCACCCCAGCAUUUAGGUGCAAGAACAGCGCUAGCUAAACUAUAUCAAUUGAAGGGUCAGUAUAAUAAAGCAAUAGAAAUUCUUCAUCAAGAUCCUGAAUCGGACACUUUAGACCUAGAAGUGAUUUAUCAAAGAACAUUGCUGCUUUUCAAAGUAAAAAGAUACAAUGAGUAUUUUCAGUCUGGUAUGUUACUUUUCUCCAGACAUUGUGCACAUAUAAGAAACAAAGUUGAAGUGAGUGCAUUAAGUAGAGCGUGUGUAUUGCGACAACGUUUAGAAACUUUACAGCUUCAUCGAUUUUCGCGCGGAGAAAAGUUUGAAGAAGAAAACGCACCAAUCUUUUCAAAUAAUUCAGAACUGAGCGAGAAAAAAGAAUUCUUCUUGCUUUUACAAAUGUGUAAAUUAGCUUGUAGAUUAAAGAAGUAUGGCUUAUUACAACGGAUCUGUUUUAGCGCUUUAACAUCAAAAAGAUUUGAGAAAAGGAAUUUUCAUAUUAUGUUUUUAUGUUUACUAUCUUGUAUUUACAAUAAUGAUUCCUAUCAUGGGUAUAACAUUGUGCGAUCGUUGAUACGGGCUUGCGAAAAGCCAAGUUCUUGGAAUUUGCUAAAUAUCAUUGUUCAGAAAGCAGAAGAUUCAAGACACAACAGAUUUAUAAUGCGUCUUCUUGGAAGAGAAGAUAUAUUUUCUUAUCUGAAUAUAAUGCAUGCAAAUAAUUGCCUUAUUUCUGGAACAUAUAAAUAUGCACUCAAUGAUUAUAUUUCUCUCUUCAAAGUAAUGCCCAGUGCUCUAUUGGCAUUACUUAUUGGUGUAACUUUAUUACAAAUGUCAUGUCAAAAAUUUUCAUCUAAGAAGAAUCAACUUGUAAUUCAGGCUAUUGCCUUUCUGAAGAAAUAUUCUCAGUUACGGGGCAAAAAUGGGGAACAAGAAACAUACUACAAUAUGGGACGCGUAUUUCAUCAAAUUGGUUUAUUACCCGCAGCCGUACACUUUUAUAAAUUAGUGCUCACCAACGAUCCUGGAGAUUUAAUUGAAAAAAACUCGCAUCUCUUGGACUUAAAAAAAGAAGCUGCUUUUAAUUUACAUCUUAUUUAUUUACAAUCUGAAAAUUAUUUAUUAGCAAGAAUGUAUCUUGAAAAUUACAUUACAGUUUAGUUUAGGAGUAUCGAUUUAUAAAACUAAUUUAUAAUUUAUUGUCUGUAAAGCAAGAAUUUUGUAUAAAAAUUAUAAAAAGCCUGAAUGUAAUUUAAAUUAUAGUAUUGUAAAUAAACAUGUAAACAUUA